GUCCCGCAUAUCCGUUCUGAUACCUCCACUGCCACCUCCCAAAGACCCACCCCCCUUGAAAACGAAACGAAAACCGUCAUUCUUGCAACGAAUCGUACGCCGUCUCUCUAUCGACAGCCUCAAGACCAGGCGAAGAACAUCUGUAUCUCGGACGAAAAUGCCCCGUCACUCAUGGGCAUUGAGUUCUAUCCUGCCAAUGCGAUCGCGCCGGAGUUCACAGAAGCAGAAACAAUGCUUCCACGAGGAACGAACUGAGUCGCUUAAAAUAUUUACAGAAGAAGGAGAACAGGGACGAAUCGUAUCCGCAGCAACUACACCGCGGACGACGCGACCUCUCCGUGUGUUUUCGACAACUCCAGGCAUACUAGACAAGCCGCUCCCCAAACGCCCAAUUCAGAGAAUAUCCCACCAUUCACAGCAUCGUCGACGCGGGAUGCCAUCUCCAGGGCAUCAACUCGUCUCUGGCGGAAGCAAGAACAUGCUUCUCCAAGUGCGUGACUCACACAUCACGCACACCCGUGCACAACCCAACCCCACCGUACUCAAGGCACCUCCCAACCAACCCACAUGUUUUGCAACAAUCGGUCUAGAAAACAAGGAACUGCCUCAGCGCCCACCUCGCCCAUCCAUCUUCCUCAAAGACGUCUUGUCCCUCCCUCCACCAGUGGCCGAUGCAGUUCCUGACCGUGCAAUAUCCCGCGUCGAGACGGGUCCGACCGACGCGCUCCUCACGAACCUCCUCAUCUCCCUACAACACCACGCAUCUUCAUCUCUGGGAGUACACCGGCCUGCUGUACUACAUCUCGCUGCACGCGAAACCGCCUUUCCGGGGAAAGAUUCUCGGAGAUAGAGCGAUUCAGACGUUGAGGGAACAAGCGAGGAGAUUGGGUAUGCAAGAGCGAGAGUUGGUGGUGUGGGAAAAUGAAAAGGAAGAUAUGACGGGUAUCAUUGCCAAAUCUCGAAGAUCCGAGCAUA